AUGCCCGUCUGCGUUGCUGCCAGCCACCUUGAUGGUCUCGUCAUGGCCUUGACUCCCAACUCUCACAGCUACAACUAUCGCUCCUCUGUGCUCUUCGGCCAUGCUAAAGUGGUGGAAGAUCCAGCCGAACGUCUGUACGCCAUGGAACUCAUUACUAACGGCGUCAUCCCCGGAUCUUGGUCCAACACAAGAGUGCCCCCAAACAAGGCCGAGCUGUCAUCUACCAGUGUGCUCAAAGUCACCAUCGAGGCCGGAAGUGCCAAGGUGAGGUUCGGGCCACCUGGAGACGAGAAACAUGAUAGAGAUGACGCAGAGGCUGUCAACAAAGUCUGGACCGGCGUCGUGCCUGUGUAUAGAACAAUGGACCCUCCGUCGUACAUCACCGACUUUAUCAAAAGUGUCAAUUCAGAGACGCGAGAAUUUGCUGAAUCGGCGGCAGCCCGUGUUCCGGUCAAGAGAGGCGGGCCCGGAGAAGCAUGA